AUGUCGAGCACUGAAGAAGAGAGUACCUUUGGAUACCACGGUCUCGAUAUCAACGGGCCGCCUCAGGUAGAUGUCGUCAGAGGCCUAAUCAAGGACUUCCUCGAAGCCACCCGGUUUGAACGGACCACUCCGUCCUCCAAAGACAAGGAACUCGAAGCAGCCGUCUGGAAAUACUUCAAAAGCCUGAACCUAGGCCCGAAGCUCGAAGCCGCCGUCCAGAAAGUCCUGAAAAUGUCAACCACCUUCACACACCAAGCAUACACCUCCCUUCCCUUCGAGAACCAGGUCCUCUGCGCCGUGCAGUUCCUGUACAUGUUCCUCGUCGACGACGCGGCGCCCCUUUUCAUGAACGAGCUCCGUUGCUUCUGCCAGAACACAACUAACCCAAACCGGGGAGCAAGCUUCACCCUCAACCACGACCACCGCCACCCGCUCCUCCGCCACUUCGACGCGCACCUGCGCUCUCUGGCCCGCUACUACGGGCCCUACUGCCACUCGACGAUCAUCAAGUCCCUCUUCGACUACGUCAACGGCCGCAUCAUCGAGCACGACAUGGCGCAGUCGGCCUUCCGGUUCUCGGCCGCCACCCGCCUGAUGCCCAUGUUCCUGCGCACCAAGGUCGGGGCGGCCGAGAUCCUGGUCGCGCUGCUGUGGCCCCAGCAGCGGUACCCGGAGGAGACCCACCUCAUCCGGUACUUCCCGGCGGUGCAGGAGCUGGUGCUGUUCACCGAUUUUACGAACGACAUCCUCUCGUACUACAAGGAGUUUGUCGUCCACCGGGAGACGGGGAAUUUCGUGGCGAAUUUCGCCGAGGCGCAUGGAAUGUCGCAUUUGGAGGUGUUGCGGCGGUUGGUGGAUUAUGCGCCGAAGGUGAUCGCGAAUGUCUAUGAGAUCUUCGCGGGCAAGGAUGACCUGGUGCGGCCGGUUCGGGACUACGUCAAGGGAUGGAUUAUGCUGUGCACGGCCCAGCGGCGGUAUCAUCUGGUGGAGUUGUUUGAGGAUGAGGGGUUCCUGCCGCCGUAUGAUGAGGACUCUUGA